AUGAAAUCAAAUAUCGUGCGAAUAUUGCUGAUUACUGUGUGUGUUAACGGGAUCGUUGGUAAGUCACCCGUUGUUGGAGAAAAUUAUUUUACAUUACCAACAAAAGAUGCACAGAGUUGUAAAGAAGUUGUCGCAUCGAAUGAAGUACAGAAGGUCACUGUAUUGGGCAGUGGCACCGGUUGUCAGUACCGUGUCAUUUCGGAUUCCGGUCAAGCGGUGAAGGUCUACGUUAAUACAACGAGUGGAACGAAAUGUGUGAAGGUUUCUAGUGAGGGGAAGUACGAGACGCUCUGUCCGUCAGGUGCAACAAACCAGUUUUCGUCUAGCUCACCGAUUGAAGUGAGUGCGGAUUCCGAUACGACUACUUCGGAGGCACCAACGACAGCAGCACCCGAUGCAGCAACUGAACCGAACACAACACCUGCAGAUUCACCAAAUCCCAAACCACCAGGGGAUAAUGAUCAAAAUGACCAAUCGCGAGAUCCACAAAAACCAGCGGCAGGUAGUCAACAAAACCAAGCAUCGGGAACUGAUGUACAACCAGAUGAGCAAGGAGAAAGUAAUCACCAAGGUAAAAAAUCAAAUGAAGACGCAGUUGCUCUCAUUCCUGCGCUCGUGAGGAAAGCCAGGGCUAAUUCGCAGACCGAUGGAUCUAACGACGUUAUUCUGUACUAUAUAUUAGGUGAGUAUCAGAGAGCAGCGACUGCCUUGUACAUGUCACUUGUUUCUUAA